UCAUUUGCACUCAACAUGACAACAGCUUCCAAGCAGCUCGAAGCGAUCGCUGAUCGCAUCAACCCAAUCCAAGACCGACUGCAGUCGCGCCUCCCGCACCAGCACCAGAUCGUCGCCGCCGCCGUCAUGGGCGCCAAGUGGCUCUGCGCCGCGCUACCCGCCAAGGACCAUGCGACGAUCUACAAGAAGACCAUGUUGCAGCUCCAAGCCUACCGCUUCCGCGUCUUGGAGCAAGGCGAGCUCUUGACGCGCCUCUUAUGCGACCUCGACUUGGUGCUGAGCGAUGGCGACCCAACCAUCCGCCUCCAGCGCAAGCAGACAGUCGUUCGCAUUCAAGACCUCCUCUGCGACGCCGAUGCGCUCAAGGCCAAGUGCGACCACCUCUCGGCCUUUGCGUCGCGUCUCCUCGCGCCUUUUGCCCCCGAGACGCCUCCAUCCUCCCCGACCAAGGCUGCAAAUGACUCUAUUGACAACCAGUGCGACAACGAUGACAACGUCGAUGAGCCUAUGGACGAUCAGGCCGACGAGGAAGACGACCAGAACGACGCCGACCAGGAUGAUGCCGAAGUCGACGCCGAAGAAGACGCUGAAGAUGACGACCAGGACGACGGCGAAGAAGAAGAGGAAGAGGAAGAAGACGAAGCGAUGACAAACGAGCCUCUGUCACCCGCAGAUGUGGCCAAGCUGCCGAUUUGGCGGCCGGCGUAUGAGAUCCGGCGACACUUCGACGGUCUCGCCCUCGUUGCCAACCUGUCUGGCGUCGAUCCUGCCAACCUGAGCGUGUCGAUCACCCCCGACGGCGUCUUGCAAGUGACGGGCUACAAGCUGCCGUCAAUGACGUCGCCCACCUACGGCCGCUUCCUCCUUCGCGAGCAAUUCGCCCUCCAGCUCAUCGACGUUCGCAAUCUCUCGUACCAGCUCCACCCCAACGGGACCCUUGUCGUCGUCCUGCCGCGCCGACCGGUCCAGGCUCGCCCUCGGCCUCAUGCGCUUCGAUCCCCGUUCCUCCAAGCGCCGUUUGUGUGGUAACAAACUCCACCGGCGCCGUCUAGUCUAUCUAUCACAUCAUGUAUAUAUCAAGAUAUCAAUGUAUCAUAAAAUGCGUUUUAUGCGUUUAAAUGUCGUCAUUCGGGC